GGUCGUUAACGGAUACGGUGGCCGCAGGGGUGGUGCCAGCGGCCUCUGCCCGGCUCGGCCCCCGGCUCGGGGCCUGACUUGGCCCUCUCGUCUCGCGGCUGCGGUUCCACCAUGGCUCCCAAAGGCGGCUCCAAGCAGCAGUCCGAGGAGGACCUGCUCCUGCAGGAUUUCAGCCGCAACCUGUCGGCCAAGUCCUCGGCGCUCUUCUUCGGGAACGCCUUCAUCGUGUCCGCCAUCCCCAUCUGGCUAUAUUGGCGAAUAUGGCAUAUGGAUCUUAUUCAGUCUGCUGUUCUGUAUAGUGUGAUGACCCUAGUAAGCACUUAUUUGGUAGCCUUUGCAUACAAAAAUGUGAAAUUUGUUCUCAAGCACAAAGUAGCACAGAAGAGGGAGGAUGCUGUUUCCAAAGAAGUGACUCGGAAACUUUCUGAAGCUGAUAACAGAAAGAUGUCUCGGAAGGAAAAAGAUGAAAGAAUCUUGUGGAAGAAGAAUGAAGUUGCUGAUUAUGAAGCUACAACAUUUUCCAUCUUCUAUAAUAACACCCUAUUUCUGGUCUUGGUCAUUGUUGCUUCCUUCUUUAUAUUGAAGAACUUCAACCCCACAGUGAACUACAUUUUGUCCAUAAGUGCUUCCUCGGGCCUCAUCGCCCUCCUGUCUACUGGCUCCAAGUAGAGCACGUCAGCUUCCCUCCACUGCCCUGGCUUUGUGUCUAUGGGUGGCCUGUGGUAUAUGGAAAAGUAGCAGGGUGGUCAGGGUGGAAGACACACAAGCUGUUUUUGUAAGUCUGGAGUUUGAGGGUUUGAAAAACCCAACAAAAUGUAAUUCGUUAUUUGUUUAUUGGCUCUUUUUUUUUUUUUUGACAGAUUGUUGAAAUUAAAUGAAUUGAAAGGGAAA